AUGGUCUCUGUCGGCGCGGGCGCAGCGGUGUCACAACACACAAUUGCCGUCUCUGGCGCUGCACCGAACCUAAUCGCGCACAAUGCAUCUUGCGCCGGCUCAAAGCCAACGAGACAAAAGAGUUUUUCGCGUCUUUUUGGCCCCAAAUCCAUCAAUUCAUGUGAUGGAUGGACCGCUGGGCUGGCCGGGCAAUCCAAAUUCAAAUUCGCUAAAUCUUCUCACAGUGCUAUGAAAACAGGUUGGGUCGUUAACAGUGUACGCGAGAUACCUUUGAAGGUUAUCCCGGAGAGGGAUGCGGGGCGGGGGAAGGACAGGAUGCGUCUGGCCAGACUCACAGGCUACAGUGAUUACAGCCUGCACGGGGCUAAUCAUAUUCAUACAAGGGCAGAUAUACUUAAUGGCUUUUUGGACUACAACCCAGGGCCCCGUGGAUAUAAAGAUCCCCAGUCCUCAUUGAAAACAAUAGGCGAUAUUUAG